AUGUAUUUCCCAGAAGGAAGUUCUAGUUCUAGUUCUUCUCCCUCAAAGGUUUUUUAUUCACAACCAUUUACCAGUCAGUUAAAAGUGAAUGAAAGUUCGCAACGGAGUUCGAAACCUAACACUCCUGUGACCAAAACUUUCACCACUUCUACUGAAGUUAUAGUGCUUUCCUCAGAUUCUGAAGAAGAAACUGAAUUAGUUAGCACUAGUAAUAAAGUUGUGUCUAAUAAAGCUAAAGGCAAAGAACGAGAACCUGGUAUUGAACGAGGUUUUGAUACAAUUUCUUCUGUUGAUACCAUUAAAUUAAAUGAAAUUCGUGCUGGUAAACCACUUGGAGUUCAUAAUAAAGGUAAAGGCAAAGAACUAGAUCAUAUUAAAGUAGAUCCAGGUGAUGAACUUGUUGACAUGGAAAUUGAUUCUGACAGUCCGCACCCUACAAAAAAUAUUCCGCAGCAGUCAAGUUAUGUUAAGAAAGUGGUUGAAUUUUUUAAAUCAUAUGAUUACACGUUUGAUAUUUUUGAUAUUGUAAUUGAUUUAUCAAACAAAUAUCAAGAAAUUUAUCAAGGAGAUAGCGUUCGUCUACGAAAGUAUCAUAAUAAUCCUUGCGUUUUGCUUGAUUUAUUAAAAUCUCAUCUGUCUAAUAAGCUUGAUUUGGUGAACGAUCAUGAAGAAAAUUUUAUUAAUUUAGAUAAGUUAGCAAAGGAAUAUUAUGAAAAGCUAAGAAACGCAGAAAUAAGUCGACAGGGAUUAUAUAGGAAUUCUAUUCUAAGUAAUAAAUUUCAUUCGACCGCUCAAUCCCUUAAUCAAGAAAGGAGGUGCUAUUUAACCUCUUUGCCUCAAAAACGAAAGAGGAAAAGAGACAAAAAGAGUCAGCAAAUCAUCGAAAAUACCAAGGCUUUAGAUGUACCCGAAGCAGAUCUUGUCAAAAUCAUGGGUUCUGCAUUACAACCACCUCAAAAGAAAGUAAAGACUGGUGAUGUACAGAAAACGGAUCACCAGUCGAUGAUGAAUUCAAUUUCUCAAAUGACAGAUAACCUUUCCCUUUCGUCAUCAACAAGUGGAGGUUGCAACUUUUCCACAUCAGCUCAAGGGAGUAGACAAUCAUCUGAGAAUCCUAAUAUGGCAAUAGUGGCUUCAACAUCAAAUGCGAGAAAACACACUGUAGAAAUUGUUACCGAUUCAUGCCCACAAUCAGAAACCAUUUCAUACGAAAUCAACCCAAGUCCAGUAAACAACGUCGAGAUGCGUAGUCUUAAAUCUCGUGAAAUAAAGCAACCCGAGACGGAAAAUCGUUAUAAGAUUAUGAUGGCUGAUGCCAUACAAAAAUUGGCUAUCGCAACUCUCGCUAUGAAGCAUAAUCCUGAAUAUGGGCCUUGUGAAUUAGAAAGCGUUGUUAAUAAAUUUAAGAUAAAGAAAUUAGGAAAAGAUCCUAAAUUAACGAAACAAUCCUAUAGUAAUACGUUGUUGGAAAUCUUUAAUAAUGGUGGUAUAGACACGGUUAUGGAUCGACUAGAAGAAAAUCUGUCUUCCCAUUUAAAAUGUCAACCAAAGGAUGAGAAGAGAAAUAGGAAGAGAUCGGCUGCUGUAAACGAUGAACAGUCAAUGAAUGAAAAGUAG